AUGAAUCUUGAUCUGGGGAAAAAUAGGGAAAUGCAAUCCACCCAAGCACACUGCCUUGGAACCUCAGAUUAUCCACCUCUUUCCCUUCUCAUACCCCGACGUUUUCCACCAACACUGAAUCCACCUUGCAAAGAACCCCGGAUUAUCCACCUUUCCUUACUCAUACCCCGACGUUUUCCACUAACACUGAAUCCACCUUGCAAAGAACCCCAGAUUAUCCACCUUUCCUUACUCAUACCCCGACGUUUUCCACUAACACUGAAUCCACCUUGCAAAGAACCCCGGAUUAUCCACCUUUCCUUGCUCUUUCCCAGACGCAUGUUUCCAACGUUCCAAGUUCGCCUGAUGGGGAUGGACCCGGCCAGCGAUUACAUGCUGAUGAUGGACUUUAUCCCCGUGGACGACAAGCGCUACCGGUACGCUUUCCACAGUUCCUCGUGGAUUGUGGCGGGGAAGGCGGACCCCAACUCACCCCCACGCAUCCACGUCCACCCCGACUCCCCCGCGAAAGGCGCCCAGUGGAUGAAGCAGGUGCUCUCUUUCGACAAGCUCAAGCUCACCAACAACCAGCUGGAUGACAACGGACACAUCAUCCUCAACUCCAUGCACCGGUACCAGCCGCGCUUCCAUGUGGUGUACGUCAAUUCAAAGUCCGAGGACGUGUCUAGCACCGAAAACUUCAGUACCUUCAUCUUCCCCGAGACCAAGUUCACCGCCGUCACCGCCUACCAGAACCACAGGAUAACACAAUUAAAAAUCGCCAGUAAUCCCUUCGCUAAAGGCUUCAGGGACUGUGAUCCAGAUGAGUGUGUGGUGGAGGUGUUGAACCAGUUACAACAGCCUGGUGGAGGGGGCGGUGGAGGCUGUGGGGGGGCAGGCCUACAGCAGCGGGGGGGCGGCGGAGCAGGGGGAAGGCCUCAACAGCAGGGGGGGCAGCAGAGGCACCCCCUCCCCCAUUACCUGGCCUAUCACAACACAGGCAAGGAGACGAAAGUUCAUAGCUCUCUAACCCCUUGA